AUGAUCGAAGAACGUUGGAACUACUUAUCUAAUGUGAUCUCUAUACUGGUGGCGGAGAAGUUGGUUCGUAAGGGAUGUGAGGUAUUCUUGGCCUAUGUAAGUGUUUCAGAUUCUAGGGACUCUAUAAUUAAGGAUAUCAGAACGGAAAAGAAUGUUCCAGACGUCUUUCCUGAUGAGCUAUCGGGUUUACCUCUGAAUCAUGAAGUGGAGUUUAGGAUAGAGCUCCUUCCUGGUACAGCUCCGGUGUCCAUCACUCCCUAUAGAAUGGCACUGAAGGAGCUUGUAGAGCUUAAGUCGGAGCCUGGAAAUGAGCUUAUUGUUUAUAGUGAUGCAUCACAUAUUAAGAGUAAGCAGUUGGAGGAUGAGCCCUUGGGUCUUCGAUUCUGGCAGAUUAAGGGAAGUACUACGGAUUUUGGACUAAACAGUGAUGGGGUACUCUAUUUCUGUGGGAGAAUCUGUGUUCCGAAUGGUACUGAUUUGAGACAGGCAAUACUGAGAGAGGCGUAUAGUAGCCCUUAUGUUAUGCAUCUUGGCGAAAAUAAGAUGUACAUCGACCUUCGUGAGUUAUAUUGGUGGCCAAGUCUUAAGCAAGAGGUUACUGAAUUUGUGGCUAAGUGUUGGACAUGCCAGCAGGUUAAGGCUGAGCAUCAGUUACCUUCGAGUUUGUUGCAGCCAGUCAAGAUUCUACUUUAG